UCCGUUUACACAAACAUAUUCGGAGAGGUAGAAGUAGGUAGAAUGAACGGAUGCAAUUUUCAUAGUUAAGUUUAGCCUAAGUAUGCAUUUUUGAAAUUACGUUAAUUUGAAUUUUCCGAGCUUAUAAAUAAUUAUGUGCCAAUAUUUUAAUCAUUCUUGUCAAAGAGGAUUUUCGCCAAAGUUAUUUCACUGGAUAAUUCUGUCAAUUCUCAUCUUCACAAGUACAACAAAGGCCCUAAAUACUGGACAAAAUACUGACAAUCCACUCAUCAUAACAGAGAAACCUUUUCCAAUUUGGGUGGUUGAGUUUCCACUCCCACUGUUACGUGGGGCCACGUUGUGUUUCGAAUUUCAGCUCAGAUUUCGAAAAUCGUCAUUCCCACCGUUUCAACUUGGACUCCUAGUUUAUACCAAAUACCGACUUGGCAAGCUUCCAAGUCAACGCUUCUAUCUCUUGGAGUUGGACAACAUGGCGUUCUGAACGAUUCGCAAAUAUGUAUGUAUAUAGAUUCAGCCCUUCGUCAUGGCGUCAUCAACCCCACAGUUCUAUAGUCUUUGGUGGUGGCUGUAUGUUCGUAUUCAUUGCUUGUUAUCACCCGAGGAUAUCAUAUUUUUAUUAAAUAACCAUGUUUACUUUGACCCAAUUUUGUCAACUGGAGAGUAACAAGGAAGGAAAUAAAUACAUUUACAUAUGUACAUA